AAUCCCACUAUAAAACAAUGCUCUGCCUGCAGAAAAACACACACCAACUUUGCGAUCCAUAAAGAGAUUGUUAUUGCAACGAAUGGCGGCCAAGAAGUCAGUUCCAGUCAUAGACAUGGAAGAUUCGGCAAGUCUGCCUGAGAAACUAGUGAGAGCUUGCGAAGAACUAGGAUGUUUCAGGCUGAUGAACCAUGGAAUUCCAAUGUCUCUCAUGUCCGAAAUGAAGGCCGUCGUGCGGUGUUUGCUGGAUCUUCCCUUGGAAAUGAAGCUAAGAAACUCGAAUCCUCAUGAACCUUCUAAGGGCUACACCCCGCCGAACUUGGCCAGUCCCUUCUUCGACAGCUUGAGUUUAUACGACAUGGCCUCGCCUAAUGCUGUCGAGCAUUUUUGUGCCCAGAUGAAUGCCUCCCCUCAUCAAAGGGAGAUAAUAAACAAGUAUACUAAUGCUCUCAGGCAACUUGUACAGCUCCUGGGUAGUAAGUUGUUGGAGGGUCUGCGCUUGACUGGUGACCUUUUCCAAGAGGGGAUAUGCCAGUUGAAAAUGAACAAAUACAACUACGGUCCUGAAACGGUAGGACAAACGGGUGCAGUAUUGCAUUCAGACGCCGGGUUAUUUACCAUACUGCACGAUGAUGAGAAUGUUAAUGGCUUGGAGGCUGUGGACAACGCCACAGGAGAACUGAUUUCGGUUGAUCCUGUACCCGGAACUCUUGUUGUUAACGUCGGAGAUGUUGGUAAGGUGUGGAGUAAUGGAAGGUUUUGCAAUGUGAAGCAUCGGGUGCAGUGCUACAAGCCAACAGUUCGUAUCACAAUCGCUUUGUUUGUCUUGCCUCCUAAAGAUGAGAAGGUGGCAGUACUGCCGGAGCUGGUGGAUUCAAAACAUCCUCCCCUUUACGCCCCUUUCGAUUUUGAACACUACAGAAAACUGCGGAUCUCCACAGAUUCACCUACCGGUGAAGCUCUCGAGUUUUUUCGGUCCGACCAAGACUUGGUGAAGUAGCUUGAAACGGGAUGGAAGAAAGGUGCUGCAGUCCUGAUUCCUGAAUUUACAUUUUAUCAGAUUGAUGUUUCUGUUGAUUAUAUCAAGCAUUGUAAGGUUGAACCCUACAGGACAAUUCUGAGCCACAUAAUGCUACAAGCAAUACCAGGCUAUUGGCCAUGAGACCUCCUGAGUUGGAAUAAAUUUGAUUUGGAUAAAAAUAUUCUUGAUUUGAACUAGAAUUUUCCAUUAUAUUUAGCCGAGUGUAUUACACUACAUAAAAGAAUGAAUCUUUUCUUAAUAU